GCCUCUUCUUCCCUGUGGGCCUUCGGCCACGUUUCCCCUCCACGCCACCAGGGGGUGGCUGUGGACCAAUCAGCAGGGGCUGCGGAUGAAGGGAGAAAUGACCAGUGCCCUGGCAGUGGGUAUAGUCACAGUACAGAGCGCCAUUAUGGUUAAACUGAGGAAUGUAACUGUAGUGUCGGGGGUCAGAGGUCAUAGCUUGAGGUGGAAUAAACCUACUGUCAUGGAAGGUAACCAAGGAGGGCGGGGGAUAGUACGGGUUAAAGUCACAUGAUUGGACUUUACUGUGGCUUCCUUUGUUGUGCCGCUCCAUACUGCCACCUUGGGAGAAGCCAAACUGAUCUACACUGGGAACACUGGGAAAUGAAGUCAGACCCAUCUGGUCGUCAUGAUAACCAUGAUGGUAGAGCUCAGGCCGGACCACUGCUGUGGUUUCAGGAGAGGACAGGAGCUCUGCCAUGAGGCCGCCACAGUUCAUCUGCACAUGUUCCUGUCCCGUUGGCUCUUUGAACAACGCUCCUUCCUGGUACACUUUGUUUGGGUCUAACUGCUGCAGCUGCGGCUCAGUAUUGUCCACAGAAGGGUUGAGGUCCGGUGAUGGGCUGCUCCAAUCAGACAACAGGAAAUCAAUAUCCCAGGAUUCCUGGCUAUCAUCAUCCUGGAGUUCUUCCGCGGCUCUCUGAGAGACCUGCAGCUGUUCGGAGCUGUUUGGUGACAGUUUGUUGCUCAAAGGGUCCAGAGGAGGAGAGCCAUCCUCAGACUGCCAGACCUGCGGGAUGUUGGAGAGCAUUAGGAAACGAUGGUCACAGAGAGAGGUACAUCAAACAUAUUACAAAUGACAUUUUCCUAGGUGAUGAUCAACAUUUAUUUACUUAUUUUUAUGUGAUAUUUUCCUGCUUAAACUAACAUAGAGCUUCAGCUGUCUGUGUUAUCUGACGAGCGGCAAAACUGCAUCAGGUCAAGAAAAGUAUGUUUCUGGAAAGAGACCUAUGAGUCCGACAAACACAUCUACAAGCACCAUUAAUUUCUAUCACUGGCAUUGUUGCUGCUUUAAGGUCAAAUGUUUAAAUCACAAAUAUGUAAUAGGUGUUUCAGACAUAAAAAUAAAAAUAAAAGCUAGCUAUUAGGUUCUGAAUGUGACAGUUAUUGAAAAUAACAUUUACAUACACAAAACUGUUUACAAUAAUAUAGAUAACGCAGGGUAAUAGGAUUGAAUUUGAUCUGUCAGCUGUUUAGGUAAACAUUUUAUCCACAAAAACACUAUUUUAUUCAAAUCAUGUUUUGUUUUGAUACAUUAUAAAAGAAAACAGCGUUUCAGCCGACUACUUACUUUCAUCAUGUCACUGGAGUGAGCGAGGCUGGAGAAAGAGCUGAAGGAAGGGAGCACCGUCUGAGUAACAGCCAUCAAAUUGUAUAAAAUGACGUGGAUCGACGUCCGCCGUGACAGAAGGGGAAAUUCUUCUUUCUUUAACUGUGUUGUUUAUUAUUUACAUCGUUAUCUUACACCCAGUUUACAAAAAGUUCAAAUCCAGCUAACCUAGGCCACGCAGCGAUGAAAGGCCGCAGAAAUGGGCCCUUAAAACUGCCUCUUUCUCUCCAUUGCACCCCUGUCUCUUCCACUAUCUCUCCCACCCCUCUCUUGUCUAUCUCUGUCAGCUGCAGGUCUAACUUCAAAUCUCUCUUUCUCAUGUUGGUUUUGACCGUUAGGAGGUGGAGCGUAGGCAUGAGCCAUGAAGCUGUCCUCUUUUUCUCUCCGCUCAUUUAUGAUCACUAUGAAACUUUUUAAUCUCACUGAAAACCCGCCAUCCUCUUCUUGGUUUCAUUAAACAAAUACUGAGCUGUCAUUUCCAUGUUGUCAUAUCAAAUUCUUCCUCUUUAUAUCUACACUAGCACUUUAACAUGUAUGCCAUAGUUAUGCUAAAACAAAAUCCCAGUUCUCCUUUUGAACAUUUUAUCUUUAAUGUUUUUACUGGAUCAGUUUCCACAGUAUUUUAUUCCCGGCUACAAAUUUUUAAACUUUUGAAGGGUAAAUAAACUGAAACUUGCUUUACAAGAAGUUAACAAAAACUACUUGUAGGUCAUUAAAGUAUAUUUUUAAAAGUAGUUAACAAAGUUAUUACAAUCUCCACUAAUUUUAAAACUAUUUCUUACUGACUUAUAUGAAAUAAAUGAGAAAUUAUGAUCAAGAUUGACUAUUUCAGUGACAAAAAGGGAAAAGUCAUGAUAAAUACACUUGUUGUACAGAUGGAAAAAUAGCAGAAAUACAUCAGGAUGCUUCAGUGGAUAAUAACUCAAAAUGAAUUUCAAGCAUUUAUAAUCUUUAAAGUACAACAUAAUUCAAACAACCACAGAGUAAACACAAUCUAAUAUUGGUAAAUAAUAGAUUAACCACAGCUUUGUUUUCGAGUCAUUAAUUUAAAACUCAUCGCCUUUAGCUUUAAGAAUAACUCUACUUUAACUCACACCCCAUAUUUGACUUUACAGUGGAGCGAGGGCCUGCAGCUCAGCCUCCUGAGAAGACCUGUGCAGACGGUGAUUAUAUUCUGGCUGCUGUUUAUCUGCUGACGUGUUUAAGAGAUAGGCUGCUGUCUUUAUACAGAUAAUGGACGCUCGACUACUGCAGAUCCACGAUGACUUGCCUACCGCUGAUAAACACUCUCUCUUUCCUUCAGACCAGAAUGCAGAAGACAGAAAGCUCCGGUUGCCACUUUCACGAUUAAAAAAUUAACCCAAAUUUAUCUAGGGAUACCAACUGAGUCUGGCAGAACAGUUUCCUCCAGAGGGCGUUAAAAUACCUCAAGAUUUUAUGAGAUUAGGUAGAACUUUUUGAUCCUUUUAGGAAGGCUCCCUCAGGGGAAUUAUAAAGGAAGGUCAUGGUAUAUGUGAGCAUUGUUUUCAUUAGAUGAUGUGCACCACAGACUUAAAUUUAUUAGCUUUGCAGUGGAAAGCAAAGGCCCUGAAAUGUGAAGUUAAAUCCGUUGAAACCACCACCAGCCUCCUGUCUCUUAUCCACAUGGUAAAGCCACUUUUCUCCAUAUUAGUAUCUAAUUUUUUAAUUUUAAUAUUCUUGAAUACGGCCAUCUUGUUUUCAAUCAUAAUAACUGUAUCAAAUUUUAGUUAUAUUUAUGUUAAAAGAAGUUAAAUCAGACUUCAUCAAAUUCUAUCAAUGACAUAAAUUUUCAAGAAGGCCUACUUACAAAUGAUAACUGAUCAAUAAGGCGUAACAAUUUGUUUUCAUCAGUUUAUAUCACAUUGGAAAUAUCCUUUAACACCAGAGUUUGUAGUUUAUGCUUGUUGAUUGUUAUGAAAUAUACAAAAUUUCAAAAUUUCUGCGUUUAAUGACUUCUUCAUGUAUACAGUCGAUGAUCUGGAUGCAUCACAAAGAAGACUCAUUGUGGCCAUCUAGUGGCCUUUUGUUGUAAUCGCGUUUGGUUCUUGAAAAAAAAUACCAAUGCACAGUCGGUAUAAAAAAAUACAUUAUUUUUUUAACCCUGAAAAUAAAAUGCUUUUAUUCGUUUUGGUUGGAUCAUUAAAAAAAAAAAAUCCGGAAAUAAAAAGAGUAUUAGUUCAUUACGAUAGCGGAAACACCGGCGUCGACGUGUUGCUAUAGCAACAGGCGUACAUGGUUUGGUACACAGAAGUUGGACCAGCGAAAUACGGUAAGUUUUGACUCUGGACCUCUAAUAUUAAAGAGGGUAUCUGAGUAAGUUGUGUUGUGUGUCUCUGAGAAACCUUUGUCAACUGUGUAGGUACCUGUUGUUGAUCCUGCACGGUGACUCCUGAUGGUUGUCUCUUGUGAUGUUCCAGAUGGACACCCGAGAACAGACCAGAGCAAGUGGGGGACUGUGGAACUACCCCAGAUCCACCUACAGUAAAGAGACCCAGGAUUUGCUGAGAAGUGAGAUACAAAUUGAUCAUCACAGCCUCACACUGUGCUGGUAUGUACAAUAAGUUGUGUGCCUUCAUAUUUGGUCAUCUGAAAAUCAUCGAUCCUUUUCUCUCUUGGUGCUCAGCAAUGAUGCAAGAAGCAAAGCUCAACAACCUACAGAGAAAGGAGAUCGAAAAGUGUCUUCAGAGUAAGUUCAAGACAUUUGAUGAUAUCUUUUCCUGUAUUUUUUAACUUUUGGGACAUUUGAUAAAAUCUGAGGAACAGUUGUGCAAAUAGUUAAAAAUCCAGAUAUCUAGAAUUCGGUUUUUCUUCAGCUGAAACUGCUGCCUUAGUCAGGGUGGAGGGAAUUAUGAACAGUUCCAAAUACCAGUCAGUGUUGGCACAAAACCUUCAGCCUUCUGCUAGAAAGCUGAAGAUGAAGAGGAACUUGAUCUUUCAGCACGACAAUGACCCAAAGCACACAUCUAAAUCAACAAAAGAAUGGCUUCACUGGAAUAAGAUUGAGGCUUUGGAAUGACCCAGCCAGAGUCCAGACCUGAAAUAUUUAUCUUUCUGUCAUUUUCUUACAUCACUAAAACCUUGCAGUUGAACAGGGGUGUGUAGACUUUUUAUAUCCACGGUAUGUUUUGGUUGGUUCGGUCCUACUGGUCCACCAUCUCUAAAACGUAUAUAAAUAAAUAUUUUUUAUUCCAUUCAAUUAACCUUUUGUUUUUCUUCUGGACUGGUGUCCCAAAAUGUUUGUGGAGGACCUAUAUAAAUAGGAGCACUGUGAGCCUUCUGUAUGUUUAUAUAUGGACAAUAUUGUUCAAAUUUAAAAAAAAUCCAGAUAUAACAUUGUGUAAAGGUAAUAUGAUUAAACGGCUCUUUGGUAUUUUCUUCCUGCUUCAAAAUAUUUCUUGAUGCUUUUCCCCAUAGAUGGAAAACCACUUCCACUAAGCAGUAACCCCACGUCAUCAGCUCCCCCUCCUCAGUGUAAAUCCUGUAAACCUGUUAAAAAGUUACCAGGCAGCCAACGUAAGCGAAGUGCUGAAGCUUGCCGCUCCGGGGGCAGCUACGUCAGAGAACAGUUCCGCCCUGGUCCUACAAGUGCGUUCUUUAACCUAACACAGUCAUUACCCUUGCAUUUAUAUUAUGACAGGCCCAUAUUGCUAUCAAAUGAAAUAUGAUCAGUUGUAUUCUUGCAUUUUAUUUUUGUCUUCAUCAUACCCAAGGAGACUUGGAGGAAGAAAAGAGGAGGCUUCAAACAAUUUUUGAACAUGGAAAAGAAAAACUUACAGCUGCAUCGCCUCCAAAAGUCUCAGCACGGGAGAACGUAAAGGAGAAAGACCGGAUUCAGGAAGGUAAGGUCGACUGUGCUGUGUCAGAUAAUGUAAAACACACAUUAAAAUAGGUAAUGAUCAAGAGCUUGAUUAAUGCUGCUUGGCUUGACUAAAUAUAGCCAGGGUCUUAAUCAUGAGUUUGUUUUUUGUAGUGCUGGAUGAGAUAGAGGAGAGACGACAGUUCCUGGCAGACAUGACCGCUCUGGGGCAAGCACGACAGUUCGUUCACAUCAUCAACUCUGAAAUAUCACAGGUACAGAAGCACUGGUUUCCCUACAGAUUACAGCUAGUGUGUAUAGUUCAGCUCUGGGUUCUGAGAAAUUGAGAUUUUUAAUUUUUUCUAGCUGUUUCACCUUCGAUUGCACCUUUUCUUUGAUCCCAUCUACAGAAAGUUCAAGAACUGAAGUUGCUCGAAAAGGAACUCGGCUCUAAGACGGAAAUAAUGCUGCCCGAGGAGAGAGAAGCUUUUGGCAGUAAGAUGUCAGACAGUUAAUGCAAUAAAUUAAAAAAAGGCCAUGAACAUCUUGCAUUAAGGUAUUUUAUUCUUUCGCCCUCCAGUGUCAGUUUUCUUUAUAAUCCUACUGUUAUAGGAGAAAGUUAAGUUGGUGCUACAGAGAACCUUGAUUGCAGGCAGGCACAGAGAAGAAACACAAAUAAACCGUUUAAAAAGAAGGACAAAAAAAAAGACAAUAUUAAUGCUAAAACAGGAAGAGAAUGAGUUAACAUAUUUACAUCAUCUCCACCAAAUGAUACACAUACAUAUAAGCAAUUAAAUAAAUGGCACUAUAGGCAAUAGUAACAUAGUUUCCUAUCCACCUAAAAUAAGGCAACACAUGGAAACAAACAGAAAGGCAGAGUAAAAUAUAAAUUAAUGAUUGCAUAUUCAGCUUUCCCCCGAUGUUUGAAACUGUUGUUUUGCUACACUUCUUUAAAUACUGAAGGUUUGCUUUUUGUAAUGUUCAUAAAUGCAUGUUUGACCUCUUUGAACCGUUACGUCUCUUACAGGCAGUUCUUACCAUAGACUGUAUAUAGAAUGGACGCUGUCUGCCUCCUCGAUGGGUGAACAGCACCCUCUGGUGACGGGCUGCAGUAUAGGUCAUAAAUCCCGCCUCCUCCAGCAAUCUCUAUGGGGCUGUGGACAAACUUUAGAAAUUAAUCACACAGAAUAUAAAUUUUUCUCUCCCCUGGUUGUGAUGUUGACAUGUAGUUAUUGUAAGACUGGUUUGUGCUCAAGUCCUCUUUUUUCUGUACAGCUCCAUUUUUAAAAGUUAUUCAGGGGUUCAUGUUUUCUAUGAUUGACACUUGAUACAGCCCAUGAUUUUACGAAGAUUACGUAUGCUGCUUGGAGUUACCUCAGAAGUCAGAAGUCCGAGCUGAAAAUGACGUCACACCCGAGUUACAGUGUUUCAGUUACCAAGUCGGAAAAAAGCAAAAUCGAAAGUGGAAGUUAUUUUGGCGCUUGUCUUGUCCAAAUAUAAGGCAAGCGCUAAA